CACAAAUCAUAAUUUCUUCCCUUGCCAUGGGCGCCUGCUUUGGGUCCUCCAAGACGCCCCGCUGGAUUUCCGGGAGCCCAGAGGCUGCUCAAAGGUGGCCCCAGUCCUCAUCUCAGCAGCUGGAGGAGGCUCAAAAAAGGUUGGCCAAGGUGGGCAAGACCGCACCUCGUGAGAAGGGGUCAGAUGAGAAGCUGGUGGAGGUCUUUGGCCGCCAGAUCGGCUCCUGGGCUGGUGAUGGCAGCCUGCAUGUGCAUUUUGCUGGCAGUCUAGAUGAGGCUCUCCCAAAGAACUCUUCCAUUGCAGACCAACGUGCUGACAUCCUCACGCAGCUUCUUCGACUUUUACAGCCUCUACCGGGGACAGAGGAGGCGGCGCCUGAGCGGGUGUUCUUUUGCGCCACUGCACUGGGAAAGACCAAGGUUCGAUCCAAGCUGAGUGGCGACGACGGAAGCUGGAGAUGGGACAGCGAGAUCAGCUUCGAAUACGCGGUGGGUGACGCCAUGCCAUCCGAGUCGAUGGUGCUCAUGCGAGUGGGAUGGCUUGGACGUGGCAUCGUCUACCGUGAGCGAGGCCACGAUGAGUGGGGCUUCGACAGGGUUCGCAUCGCUUUGAGGACACAGAGCGUCUUGCAGGAGACAUAUGUCUUUUCAAUCAAUCUUGAGACAAACUUCUUUGAUGCAUGAGGAGGUAAUCCUCUGGGCACUUCCAGAAAAGCUGGACUAAGUUUCACCUGAUGCCUGAAGCUCGAAUGUUUUGAAAAGGCUGGUGGAAACAAACUUAUGUAAGCUUUGCACAGGAGUUCAUUCAACAAGCAAGCGGCGCGAUCUUGAGAUACUUUCUAGGAAGACUGAUAUCAGGAUUUUGCUGCAAAGUCUUGCCAUAUUUUAGGCAUGCACAUUGCCGUGCUUGUGCUCUUGCCCUGAGUUGGAAGAAGGAGUUAAGAAGAAGAUGCCAACCACCAACCUGUUUAGUUUUUCUUCAGGCAGCCCCCACCUUGAAGGAGCAUCAUCUUCCAAUCCCUCCUUUUACCUCCUCUUACCUCCUCUCUGGAUUCAUUUUCUUUGGAUUGGUUGGUCUUCUGCAAGGUCCCAAAGAUCCAGAGUCUAUACCGGUGGCUCAGCACAUAGAAUAUUCGAC